AUGUUAUUCUAUUUAUUCAUCUUUACCCUCUGCUUGAGAAUUUCUACAUGCAUAUCCCUGAACGACAAGCAUGGGCUCCUAUAUUUUGUGAACUUUCCAAAGGUUACAAAAAGUAACAAACAGAUGAGAAACAGAAAAGGGGUUCUGUUUUCUCAGGUGGAGAUAAAGAUGCCAGCAUUAUCUAGCACCAUGACUUCAGGAAAAAUUGUCAAAUGGAAUAAGCACGUCGGGGAUUAUGUCAAUAUAGGAGAUAUUAUCAUGACAGUAGAAAGCGACAAGGCAGACAUGGACGUAGAGGCAUUUGAUGAAGGGUUCCUGCGAAUGAAAAACAUGGAAGACGGAUGUGAAGCGAAUGUAGGGGAUGUCCUAGGAAUCCUAACCACUGAAGAGAAUGAAAAAAUAGAUUCACAAAAUAGUGAUUUAAUGGGGUUAACCAACUCGGAAAAUUCAGAGGAGCCAAAUGUAGGAAGUGUGGUAGAGGUAGAUGUAACCCAUACAGAAGCCCAAGAAGCAGAAGAGGAAGAAAAAAAAACAGAUGAAAAAAAUAUAUUUGUCCCAUUUGUAAGCAGCAAGAGGAAUAGGGCACGGAUAAACAAAUGGACUCGCAAAGAAAACGAUUAUAUAGAUAGAAACGAGAUUCUUUUUCACGUUGAAGAUGACAAGAGCACCAUAGAAGUCGAAAGUCCUUACUCCGGCAUUGUCAAAAAGAUACUAGUUAAACAAGGACAAUUUGCCGAUUUGGAUAAGCCGGUUGCCAUCAUUUCCAUUAAAAAAGGAGAAAAAAUCCAAACAGCGGAUGAAACCCCAAGGCAAAAAGAAAAGACAUAUGUCGAUGAAAUACUGAACAACACCCAAUCCAUAAACGAAGAAAAUAUCGUGAGACACUUUAAAGAAUCGGUUAGUCGUACCAAAGAAGGAGAAUCAUUACUACAAAAUAUGGGUGCAACAGAUGAACAAAUCUUGGCAGAAAGACUACAACUGAAUUGGGACAAGUACAAGAAUCUUUCAAGUGACUUGUUCAGAUCGGGUGUCAAUAAGGAUAGCAAAGAAACUGAUGAAGUAGAUAAAGCAAGAGAGACCAAAAUCGUGUUGCCAUCUGCAGCUGAGUUGAUGAAACAAAAUAAGUUAACUCCAAAUGAUAUUAAAACAUCUAACGCAUCGGAUCGCAUAACAUACGAAGACGUGGUUGCACACUUGGAGAGGACAAGAGGAAUCACCAGUGAUGAAGAAAAUAUUAUCGAAUUAACCAAAGUUCAAAAGUCAAUAAAAAACAAUAUGAUGCGUACGUUAGGUAUUCCCGUUUUUCGUAUAACGCAUUUGAUUAAAACAACUGCACUACUUAAAUUAUUUGAAAAAGUUAAAGAGAAAAUUAGCAUGACUGUUAUAUUAAGCAAAUGUGUAUCCACAGUAUUAUUGAAACAUCCCAUCAUGUUUUCCACAUUCAUUGAUAAAGAUGAUGGAAAAAUAUUAAUCAACAAGGAUGUCAAUAUAGGGAAUGCUCUUGGGUUGAAGGACUCACUUUUAACUCCUGUCCUCAAGCAGGUUGACAAAAAGGACAUAUAUACUUUGGCCACUGAGUGGAAGAAGCUUGUCGAAAAGGGCAAAGGGGGUCUGCUAACCUCAAAUGAAAUGUCAGGAAGCAACUUCUAUAUCUCGAACCUUGGCAUGUUCAACACUUACCAAUUCGACGCGAUAUUGCCACAAAACGCGUCGUGUAUCCUGUCUGUUGGUACCAACAUUGGGAGUAUUGAAAAUUUAGAAGAUUUCAAAAUCCAAAAGGGUAUGAUGAUGACCUUAGCUUGUGAUCACAGACACAUUUACGGUUCUCACGCUGCAGGAUUUAUGAACGACUUAUCUGCUUUUAUCGAAAGAGACAUCAUGCAGAUAUUUCUUUAG